AUGGACUCAAACUCGGAGAUCAUAGAUCAGGUUGAAAGAAAGAGGAGCAACCCAGAAGGAGAUCAACAACUAUCAAGCCAACUGGAAAGUCUCCCGCAUGACCCCAUCCUUUAUAUACUUUCAAGGCUUCCCAUAUCAUCUUUGGUUCAGUUCAAGUCUGUAUGCAGAGGUUGGCGCAUGUUAGCACAGGAUCUCGAUGUUGUUAAUAAGCAUAGCACAUGCAUGGAUGAGAACAGUCCAUGCCUCAUAUUCCACAGUGAUUGUACCACCAGAGACCAGCUUUACUUUGUUGACUUUCCUGCUUGCAAUCACGAGGACGAAAAGGUGAAAAGGUUUCACGUGCCUUUGGAGGAGGCAAUGCCUGAGUUUAAUGUGCUAGGCUCAUCUAAUGGCUUGCUAUCUCUAUCCGAUUCGUUACAGAGUGAUGCACUCUACGUAUACAAUCCUUUUACCGGUAACUACCAACAUCUGCCCAAGUCUGCACAGUAUCGGAAUCAACGGGUGGUUUUCGGAUUCGGGUUCAAUUUCAAAACCAAAGAAUACAAGGUGCUUAAGAUAGUUUACUAUAGGAAAGCAUGUACAGCCUUUGGAUUCAGUGCUAUAAGAGAUUCAGAGGUUCAAAUUCUCACUCUGGGUAGCUCCGCCUGGAGAAGUUUAGGAAAGGCAAGUUAUCACCUUUAUCAGUGGCCAUCACAGGUCUUCGUUAAUGGAAGACUCCAUUGGGUGAUUUGGCCACACAAAGACCACCGAGGGACCAAGAUCAUCUCGUUUGACUUGGAAGACGAGCAGUUUCGGGAGGUCCCAAGUACAACUUUAAAGGGGUAUGAUUAUCAUCUGGUUAUUCUAGGAGGAUGUCUUUCUGCUGCAGUUUAUUUUAACUAUUGCAAAUUGGAGAUAUGGGUAAUGACUGAGUAUGAUGUGGAGGAGUCUUGGGUCAAGAGGUUCAACAUAGGAGCCUACGUGCCUAUGGGACUUGAAGAAGAGCCAGCGGACCAAUUCUACAAGAAUUCAAAGAUAAUUGAGAAAGGAGAAUUUGUUCGAGUUUUAUGCCUUCUGAAGAACGGUGAGAUCUUGUUGGAAUACGAAAGCAGAGCUCUGGUAUCUUAUGACCCAAAAGGAGAAGAGUUUAAAGACCUAAUUUUUCAGGGAAUCCCAAGGUGGUAUCAAACAAUUGUGCAUAUGGGUAGCCUUAAGUGGAUUGAUACCUUCACUGAUGCAUGAAGCGCCACAAUGGAAAAAGUAGAUGCUUCUUUCCUGGUGAGUUUGCUUAAUUCAUAAUGAAAUCAAGCAUUUGUUUUUCAGAUAAUUUCCGCCUCUUCUCCCAUGGUUUUUGAUUUCCAUCACCAAAGCCCCCGAAGGUAUGUGGUUGUAAACAUCUACAUGUGAUCUGAAGUCAGAGACUCGUAUAGAUUGUAUUUGUGAAAUUCUACCAGUGCUACAUCACCGGAAACUGAGUUUCCUUGUACUUUUUAUGAAGAUUACCACCUUUAUCAGUGGCCGUCACAGGUAUUGGUUGAUGGAAGACUUCACAGGGUCACUUGGCAACGCAGCAGGUAAAAACAUCAUCUCAUUUGACUAGGCAGACGACAAAUUUCAGGAGGUCCCAACACCAUUAAAGGGUUGUGAUUAUCAUCUGGUGGUUCUAAGAGGUUGUCUUUCUGCUGCAGUUUAUUGCAGCUAUGGGAAAUUAAAGAUAUUGGUAAUGAGAGAGUAUGAUGUGGAGUCAUCUUGGAUAAAGAAAUUCAACAUUCCUACCUAAGAGCCUAUGGGAUUUGAAGAAGAGGACCACUUCUUCGAGAUUCCAAGCAUACUUUUGAAAGGAGGAUAUGUUCGAGUUCUAUGCCUUGAAAGGAGAAUUUAAAGAACUCGAGUUAGGAUAUAGAAGAGUGGCUACUGACAGAUGUUCAUGUGGGUAGUCUCAACUGGAUUGAUAUGAAUUGAAAUUGUAAAAGUGGAUGCUA